AUGGUACAAGCGGAGCAAUUUUCGGGUUCUCCAAGUGAAGACCCCAUUGAGCAUCUUGAUAGAUUUCUUGAGCUUUGUGCCAUGAUACAAACCAACCAAGUUUCUCAAGAAUACAUUCGGAUGCACCUAUUCCAACAGUCUCUUGCGGGGAGGGCAAAGAAGUGGCUCAAGCAAGUCAAGCCUAAUUCUCUCACAACAUGGAGGGAAAUUGUCCAAGCAUUCUUGAAAAGGUUCAUCUCCGAAGAGAAAACCGCCGACAUGAGGAGGAAGAUUGCAUCUUUUGAACAAGAGGCGGAGGAAAGCCUUAGUGAAGCUUGGGAGAGGUUUAAAGAGUUGGUGCAAGCAUGUCCUCACCAUGAAUACAAUAAAAGCUUACUCAUGAGGUUCUUCUACGAUGGAUUGGAGCCAAUGUCUAGAGCCAACUUGGACGCGGGGGCGAGUGGACAAUUGAUUAAAGUCCCUCAAAACCAAGUUGAAGCAACAAUUGAAGAGGUGGUGAAGAACUAUUCUUGGGGAAGUAGAAGGAGGAAUGUACCUAGAAAGGGUGGAAAGUAUGAGUUGGAGAAGGUUGAUCAAUUACAACAUCAAAUUGAGACGUUGACAAAAGGGCUUGCAAAAUUGAAUACAAAUAUCAAUAGUGGUGCAAGCUCCUCCCAAGUUAACUCUUUCUCUUGUCAAAAUUGUGGUGGUACAAACCACGAUACAUCUUAUUGUGGAGGUUUGAGCCCGGAGCAUGUCGCGGCUUACAACACAAGGCAAGAGGGAUAUAGGGGAAUUGGUGCAGGAGUAGCUUGGAGACAACCACCACCCGGAUUUGCAAACCAACCCCAACAAUGGAACCAACAAGCUCAACAACCGUUCAAUUCCAACCCACAAUACCAAAACCAAAACCCUUCUACAUACCAAAACCAAUACCAAAGCCAAAACCCAAAGGGAAACUACCCAAGGAACCACCAAUAA